CGAAGAAGAAGCAACGCAUUGCAUUUAUUUUUGCUCUCGCUGCAUUUUGCACUUUGAGCUUUUUUUCUGCAUAAACCAUUCAAAACUAGUUUAACUUAGUACUCCCGAUAUUAUGCUCGCCUUGUUUACCGCGUGUGGCCAUGGAUAGUGCUUACUUUGCUCGGUUGGUUUUCCUUUCGUUCGUAGCGCCAAAAUAAAAACUCUGGACCCUGGGCUAGAAAGAGACAGUUGCGCAUUUCAUCGGGACUCUCGAGAUUAUGUUGAGGCGCUCGCUAAAGGUCCUGAUCGCCGUGGUGUUGAGUUUGAUGUUCACCGUUUCGCUGGUCAAGAUAGUGCUAUUGAUUUGGUCCUCGCAUCCCACCGCCUCCCACGCCGCCCCGCCCCUCCCCUCCGUCGACGAAUGGCUGGAUUCGGAGAGCCUGUCGUCCUAUAAGCAGCUAUUCCGCGACAAAGGAAUCUCCUCCUUGUCGAGCUGUGGCGAUCCCGAGCGUCUGCCGGAGCUGCCGCCAUUGGACGAGCAGCGUCUGCAGAGGGCCGCAUUGCAUCUGCAGCAGAAGCUGAUCCUUCGCGAGUGGUUGAGGGAUCAUAGACUGCAGCACCACUACCAAAGAUUGCUGGCCGUGGAGGUUGCCUCGCUGGAGGACGUCUACUGGCUGGAGGACUCGCGGGCCAGCAAGAUCCUCGGCAAGGACUGGCAGCUGUGGUCGGGGGCGCGACAGAACCUGCCCACCUCCAAGGCCCAAUUGGACGCCCUAAAGGCGCAGCUCUGGUCGACGGUGGUCAAGAGCAGCCAGCACCAGGACGCUUGGACAUGGGGUGGUAUGCUGGUCGUAUCCGUCUCAGUUGCCGGCCUCGUCACCCUGGCUGCCAUGACGCAGCCCUCCCUGGCCCCAGAGGCCCGUCACUCCCUGCUGCAGUACGUCACCGGAAAGUAUCUGCUGCCCGCCAACUGCAAGGUUCAGUGGGACUGGAAGGAUCCCGCCAGCGUGGGCGGCACCAUGUGCUUCGUGGUGCGCUUCUUCCAGCGCAACGGCCAGCCCUAUCCCAUCUGUGAUACGGACCAGUUCUUCGUCGAGGUCACCGAGGGCACUCGCAAGGUGGUCACCAUCAGCGAACUGGGCUCCUCCACCGAUCCCAACAACGCCAACAUCGCCAAGGUCAAGUUCACGGUCCGAACUGCGGGUCAGUACAAGAUUUCCGUGCUCAUUGGAGCCAGUCACAUUGCCGGAUCGCCCUUCCUGCGAUCCUUUCUGCCGGGAGCCAUCGAUGCCAGGCGAUCGAGGUUCAUUCGGCCAGCCAGCACGGUUAUUUGCUGUGCAGGAGCACCCACUCUGAUGCACAUCGAACCCAGGGAUGAGUUCGGAAACUCGUGCCUGUUCGAUCAGAACCAAUCGGAUGAGGCUCUGCAGGGCUACCAAGUGGCAAUCUACGACCUGCAUGGCGUUCCGGUAGAGAAGCUGCAGCAUGCGAUUGUCUUCGCCUAUGACAGGGUCAACUCCCGGGUCUCAGUGACGGCUCUCUUCCCAGAGCCCACUUGUCUGAGGGCCGUGAUCAGCUAUCGGGAUCAGCAGUUGCCCAAUGGUGACUUUGACAUCAUAGUGCUGAGCAGCAGCGACACCACCUUGGUGCACAAGAACAUAGCCUCGCGGAAGCACAACAUCUGCUAUGAGGCGAAACUGCUGAGCAUCUUUGGAGUCUCCAAGAACAAGCCGAGGAAGGUGCUCUGCUAUGUGGGACCCAAACAGAACUCGUUAAUAUUCCAGGUGACCAUCAAGGAGAUGAUCCUCAAGUUCAUCCCCAAGAGGAUUGCCACCUUCCGGCUAUGUCCUUCGACCAAAUUCCACUUCCUGCCCCAGUUGGUGUCCCAGCUGCAUGGCCCUGUCUUUAUCAUCGACGACGGAGCCCAGCCCAAGAUCGAGUUGGCCUCCAAGGAUCGGAAUAUCAUCGCUGCCACCUUUACACACUUCCUGCUGAAGAACAUUGGCGGAUCAGAGACUUUCAAGGAUAAGCAGGAUUUCUUCUACCACGAGGUGCGCAAGUUCCACGCCAGCUAUUAUCACGAGAAGAUGGCCCUGAAGGUGCAGCGGGAGAAGAUCCUGGAGAGCAGCAUGAAGGCGGUGAAGGGAUUCUCGGUGUCCGAUUGGUGUGGCAACUUCGAGGUCACCUUCCAGGGCGAACAGGGCAUCGACUGGGGUGGCCUGAGGAGGGAAUGGUUCGAGCUGGUCUGCAGCUCCCUCUUCGAUGCCCGCGGAGGACUCUUCUGCACCUUCCACGACAAGCAUCAGGCUCUGGUCCAUCCGAAUCCCACGCGGCCUGCCCAUCUGAAGUUAAAGCACUUUGAGUUCGCCGGCAAGAUGGUGGGCAAGUGUCUGUUCGAGAGCGCUCUGGGAGGAAGCUAUCGCCAGCUGGUCAGGGCCAGAUUCAGUCGCUCCUUUUUGGCACAACUCAUUGGACUAAGAGUGCACUAUAAGUACUUCGAGCAAGAUGACCCCGACCUCUACCUGUCCAAGAUCAAGUACAUCCUGGACACUGAUCUGGAUGCCACGGACACUUUGGAGCUGUACUUCGUGGAGGAGAUGUACGAUGCCAGCAGUGGACAGCUGAGCAAGACCAUCGAACUGAUUCCCAACGGGUCCAAGACUCGGGUUACGAAUGCCACCAAGAACCAGUACCUGGACUCCUUGGCCCAGCAGCGUCUGUGCAACAGUGUCAAGGAUGAGGUGGACAGUUUCCUGAAGGGUCUGAACUCCAUCAUACCCGAUAAUCUUCUCAGCAUUUUCGAUGAGAACGAACUGGAGCUGCUAAUGUGCGGAACUGGGGAAUAUUCCAUCAGUGACUUCAAGUCGCACCACAUCGCCAACGGCAAUUCGGCGGAGUUUCGCCGGGUUUUGGCUUGGUUUUGGGCCGGCGUGAGCAACUUCAGCCAGACGGAAAUGGCCCGGCUGCUGCAGUUCACCACGGGAUGCUCCCAGCUGCCGCCGGGGGGAUUCCAGGAGCUGAAUCCCCAGUUCCAGAUAACGGCGGCCCCGACCUUUGGCAACUUGCCAACGGCGCACACCUGCUUCAACCAGCUGUGUCUGCCGGACUACGAGAGCUACGAGCAGUUUGAGAAGUCGCUGCUUCUGGCCAUCAGCGAGGGCAGCGAGGGAUUCGGCAUGGUCUAGAUACAUACUUAGGAUAUAUGAUAUAGGAUAAUGGAUAUUGGAGGAGGGCGGGGCCAUAGCCCGCGAUUUUCGUCUGCUACGCUACUGUGUUCCUUUUUGUGCGCUUUAAAUGUCAAGCCUAGCAACUAAGUGACCUAGUCCGUAAGCCAGCCUAGUGAUAACUUGCAAUUAAAUUCAGUCCCUGGCUAGAGAUAUUAUUACUCCUAUCCCUCGGCGGGAGAGACCCCUAAGCAAUAAUAAUCACGGAUUAGCCGGCGUAGCGAGUGUAGGUAUAGUAAUCGAGUAAAGAUGCAAAUUAAAACCGAGUAUAUAUCAUCAUCAAAAGGAAUGUGAUAAUUGUAUUAUAGACUAAUGCAACCUAAGCGUAAUUGAAAACUUUUAAACUACCUAUCGGUAAAGCAAUUUAGGUAAUUAGGUAGGAUAUGUGUGUUCCGGUCCGCAUUUUUAAUGUCGCUGAUAAACAUAAAAAUCUUGUCAGCGACACCAAAAAUGCUACACAGAACAUACAUAUCCUACUUACUUAAGCAACCAAUAAAACCAAAAAACUACUCUAGUUAAUUGUUAGUUGCGCUGUGUAAAGAAAAACCCUUAGGAAAACCAACAAGUUUUUGUAGCAUACUGUACUUAAAUUUAAUUGUAAACGUUAGAAUGUCAAAACAUUCACAGAGAGCAAUGUUUAUAUGCAUUUCUUCUAGUUGAAAACGAAAUAUAUGGCCAAAUUGUGGCACAACUCGAACUCGAACUCGAAUACAAUCCCAAAUCCUUCUCCCUCGCUGUGCUCUCCUAUAAGCAAUAUGUGGAAGCAAAUGUUGAAUCGUAGUUUUUAAAUGUUGUUAAAUCGCAAAGCAAAAAUCAAAGGUGUCAUACAAUUUAAAAUUUAGUAAAUGUAAUGGAAUUGUAGUUGUUGAGGGAACUCUAAAAAGCUUAUAUAUCAAUGGGUUUGCGGAAGGUUGGUUCAAAUGGUUGAAAUAAUAAAACUCUACUGUUUAGAACGGAAA